CCCCCAAAGGAACACAGAGAGGGAAAGGCAAAGAGAGAGAUGUGUCUACAGGCUGCAUCUCCAUUGAAACAUUUGUCAGGGGGAGCCAGAGGAAGAGCUGAAUGGUAGCUACACCCUGCGCCUGGAAGCGUAGAGACACUGUAACAAGAGCUGGCAAUUUUUUUUGGCAAUAACAAAGAGGUGGGAGUGACAAGGGCUCUGAAAUCGAGGGAAAUAGCAUAAAAGCCAGUUUUCAGGGGGACUCCUGCUUCAUGUCAUUCGAAAGACUCAUCCCGUUGCCAUCAUCAGCAUGACCAUAAGCUAGUGUAACGUUCGGCAAUAACGGUGUCAAAACGAGAUUUUCAGCAACAGACGCGCGCAAUCCUAUUUUCAUUUAUUAUAAUCGGGGGAGAGAGAAUAAAAAACAGAUCAACCGCCUGCGAGAAACUGGAUGCUCUCUAAAACCAAACGAAAGAGCGUUGUAACAAAGAAAACUACAUUUUGAUUGAUCUUUUAAGCUUGAUGUGCGUGUUUCUGCACGCACUCGAAACGAACCUGAACCAAAAGCAAACUCCUCAGACUCCUCCCUCCUCCUCCCUUCGGUUUCUCUCAUCCUCUCCCUCCCCCCCGGUCCUCUAUGCUCAGUUCGGUGUGUGUAUCCUCUUUUAAAGGGCGCAAGGGUGGGAACAAGUCGUCCAACAAAGCAUGUUACAGCGCAGACAUGACUUGUCCGUCGGAAAGCGAGAAAAUCGUGAUAAACUGCGGGGGGGUGCGGCAUGAAACCUACCGGAGCACCCUAAAAACGUUGCCCGGUACCCGCUUAUCGUGGCUCACCGAGCCGGACGCUUUCACCAACUUCGACUACGACCACAAAUUAGACGAGUUCUUCUUCGACCGCCACCCGUCAGUGUUUUCCUUCAUCCUCAACUAUUACCGCACUGGGAAGUUGCACUGUCCAAACGAUGUGUGCGGUCCCCUGUUCGAAGAGGAGCUGGCUUUCUGGGGCAUCGAUGAGACGGACGUGGAGGCGUGUUGCUGGAUGAAUUACCGGCAGCACCGGGAUGCGGAGGAGGCGCUGGACAGCUUCGAGAAUCCAGAACCGGACGCGCCGGACGACGAACCGGCGCUGGGCGGUGCGGAUGGGGACUUGAAAAGACUGUGCAUGCAGGAGGACGCGAGGAAAGCGGGCUGGUGGAAAACCUGGCAGCCCCGAAUAUGGGCACUGUUUGAAGACCCGUAUUCCUCCAAAUAUGCCCGGUAUGUGGCAUUUGGCUCCCUGUUCUUCAUCCUCAUCUCCAUCUCCACUUUCUGCAUGGAGACACAUGAGGCCUUCAACACCAUCCUUAACAAGACAGAGAACGUCACGGUGGGAAACACGACCCGUGAGGAGAUUGUAUACGAGGUGGUGACUGACAGCUGGUUGACAUACGUGGAGGGCGUGUGCGUCAUUUGGUUUACCAUUGAGGUGCUGCUCAGAGUCACCUUCUGCCCAGACAAGCUUGAAUUCUUCAAAAGCAGCCUCAACAUAAUCGACUUCGUCGCCAUCCUGCCCUUCUAUCUGGAGGUGGGCCUGAGUGGUCUGUCCUCCAAAGCUGCCAAGGAUGUCCUGGGGUUUCUCCGUGUUGUCCGGUUCGUCCGUAUCCUCCGAAUCUUUAAGCUGACCCGCCACUUUGUGGGUCUCCGUGUCCUGGGCCACACCCUGCGUGCCAGCACCAAUGAAUUCCUUCUGCUUAUAAUCUUCUUAGCCCUUGGUGUGCUCAUCUUUGCCACUAUGAUCUACUAUGCUGAACGAAUUGGCGCAGACCCAGAUGACCCAACAGCCAGCGCUCACACCAACUUCAAGAACAUUCCCAUUGGAUUUUGGUGGGCCGUUGUGACCAUGACCACACUGGGCUAUGGAGAUAUGUAUCCGGAGACGUGGUCAGGGAUGCUGGUGGGUGCUCUGUGUGCCUUGGCUGGUGUGCUGACCAUUGCCAUGCCUGUACCUGUAAUUGUCAACAACUUCGGCAUGUACUACUCUCUGGCCAUGGCCAAACAAAAGCUGCCCAAAAAGAAGAACAAACAUAUUCCCCGGGCACCCCAACCAGGAUCCCCAAACUACUGCAAGCCAGAUGCCUUGGCUAUGGCUACCGCAUCACCGCAAAGGCUCUUGGGAAAUGUCCUAGGUGGAGUGAUGGGGUCUGGAGGCCUUGGGGGUGACUGUCCUCUCGCCCAAGAAGAAAUCAUAGAGAUUAACAGAGAUUCCAAGCAGAACGGUGAUGCAGCUUCGGCCGCCCUGGCUAACGAGGACUGUCCCACCAUCGACCAGGUGCUGAGCCCAGACGAGAGGAGCCCUAUUGGGCGAGGACCUACCCGGGAACGCUACCAGCAGGACCGCGCCUGCUUCCUGCUCAACACCAGGGAAUUUCGUGCCACAGAUGGAAAUGUGCGGAAAGAGGCAGCAGCCCUGGCACCGAGCCCAGACUCCCCUCUGACUGAGGAUUGGUAUAAGAUGGAAGGGUCUCUGUUACAGCAGGACCUCAAUGCAAACUCCACCUCCUCCUGGAUCAAACCAUAGACCAGAGUGUUAAGUUUCUAGCAUUCGCCUCCUCUCUAAUGUGGAGUCAGUAACUGGUAAACACAAAUUUGCGGCGGGAGCCACGUAAGUGUGACACGGAUGGACAGUUUAAAGGAGAUCUUUGGGGUGACAAGAGAGCGACCAGAGGUUAAUCAUGAAUUAAAAAAUUGUAUGGUCUGCUCCUCACGUUGUUACCAAAGCCACCUCUUGGAACUCCGACCACAUUUUUGACAACUGUCUGACAGACCUUUUUUUCUUUUUUCGGCAAACUGACUGAGCAUUGCACUGACACACUUUUGGGAGAGAAAAGGACUCCUGAUUACACAUUCCAGAUGACAUCUCUCUGACAACAUUAUACUUGCCAUCUUGUGUGAUGACAACUCAGUAUUGUUUACAGUGCUGAACAACUGAGCAACUUCACACGUUUCUGAAAAACACUUGUCUUCACAAAGGACUGAAUGAACAAUGUAGCAUCUCUGCUAACAUAUUGUAGCAUUUGUUGGCUUGGAAAUAACUUGACUUUAUCCAUCAACAGUUGGAAGAGAGAGGAAUUUAUGCAUUCAAGGGAUCUUAUAGAUGUCAUUUUCCUCUUAGGUUCUUUUCCAGUAAAGAAAAAAAUAUAUAGUACAUGAGAGACAAAGGAUUGGUCUUACUCAUUAAAACACUUAACAUUCCAAAUGCACUAAAUACAAACAGUGUAUAUGAAAUCCAUCAGUAUUUACCAACACCCAUACUUUGGCCCCUUUUCAAGUUUAGCACUUGUAUAGCAUGUUUGCCACUGAACUUAUGUCUUCCAUUCACUUCUAUCAGACUGAAACACUGCCCUACUCACAAGUACUAAGAUAAUCAAAAACAGCACUAUAAAGUUGAACAAAUGAAGCACAUGUAGCAUCAGCUUAAACAGGUCGUGUAUGGACUUUACUGUAUAUUUAGACUCACCUGAAACAUUCACCAUAAGAAAAUGGUGGCAAAAGACAUCUUUAUCUCUCAUGUACUGACAUGGGCUUGCCUGAAAGUCUAUGUGGGAUACCAAAGGUCCUGUAGCAAGCACUUGCUGAAUGACCUUCUGUAAUGUAUAGUAGAUUAGAAGGAAUAUUUCACUGCUUCCGUUUGGUACACAUUCCUCUAAAAGUACUUUAACUGCCACUAGCAUCCCAUGCCUAUAUACAUAUUACAAGUAUUUUCCCAUGUCUGCUCCUAAUGACUGACAGUGCUCAGUCAUGAGGAGCAAAUUCUAAUUACAACUAAAAAGACACCCCUGCCACAAGGACACUUUUUACAUCACCUAAAACAUUAGCUGGAGAUUCUGCAUUAUCAUUUUGAAAGGGACCAAUCAGAUAAAUGCUACUCCUAACACAAAGGCCAACACUGCCAAUAGGCACAAGAAGCUCCAGAUGAAUACUGCCCCAUCUCUCUCUUGUCCCUCUUGCUGCCAACGACUGCUACUCAGGCAAGUCGAUGUCAAGAUAAGGAUUCCCCUUAGGCAAAGGGGGAAAUUAGAAGAAAUGGACCAAGUGUAGAGCAUGUGUGGAAGUGUACAAAGAGAACAAAUCUAUAUUUUGAUAAACAAAUCAACUAUCCAUGACUUCGGAGGAAGUUGCUGAGCAGAAAAAAGUCCAGAAUGGAAGAAAGAAAGAAAAAAAAAUAAAUAAAUCAGAUGCCAAUGUUAAUAGAACAUUUGGCAUCAUGAAAUGGAGUCAAAGUCCUGGGAAGAGAUGGGAAGUAAAUAUUUUGUUAUUUUUUUUUUUUUUUUGAAAGACAAUGAGCAAUGACAGACUCUUGCCUAUAAAGACAUGGGGAUGACAAAGGAUGGACGCUGAGAUAAACAAAUGAAAAAAAAAGAUAAUGCAUUUUUGUAACUUUGUUUACCAGCAUGACUAGUUUGCAUGACUGUCUUUUCUGCAAACCCUUAGUUGAAGACAAGGGUGCUAGAAAUACAAAAAAGUAUAUAUAAAAUGAAUUAAAAAAAUGUUAUAUGCAAUUAAUGUUUUAAAAAAAGAUUAUAAUGAAAGAGAAGAGCUAUAUUUUGUUUUGAAAAGUAAAAAAAUGUGAAUAUUGAAACAUGUUUGUUUGCAAAGUACACCCUGAACUAUGUUUUGUUUGAUGAAAUCUCUCUGCUACUACUGCCCUACAUUCCCCAUUCCAGUGUUUUUGCUGCCAUAGUUUUAGUUUCUUUUUUAUGCAUCGAGCAGUAUAUUUUCUAACCAUUCAAUCAACAGAGAUAAUUCAAGACUUUGUCAAACUAUAGCAUUUGCGUAAAGGUUGUUUGUUAAUCACAAAGUCCAUGUUUUCCUCGAAUCAUUUGCACAACUACCGUAGCAGUAGCAGCAGCAGCAGCAGCAGCAGCAGCAGUUUUAAGACAACAGCUCUCCAUACCACAACUUUGACUGCUUGAUUAGUACUCAUAGUUUGCUUCUUUUCUUUGGCAAUAAUACAAGAGUUGUCACACGAUUGUAGCAGGGCAAAUGGAGAACCUCGAGAGUAUCUUCAACGCCUCAGUGUUAAAGAGAUUCGUUAAGGUCUUGGAUGUCCCGAGGCAGGAUUUUGCUGGGAUGGGCAGUUCUGUUCCACUAGUCCUAGUAGUAGAAAAAUGGGAGCACAAGUCCAGGUUAUACAAUAAAGACCAAUAAAAGACUAUGAAAGAUAAUAUACUGGCGAACAAUCAAGAGAGAUUUCAGGUUUGCAUGGAACCAACUGCCAUUCCAAAGUUUGUGUGUGGUUUAAAGGACUCAGGUGUGUUGGUGUGUGUGAAUGUAGGUGUUUUCUUUCUAACAUAAUAAAUUCUAGUACGGUAUAUAGAUAACGAUAAUGUGAACACCUCACCGUGAUGUGUAAAAAAACGCAUGCAUUAUGACUUGAUAAUCUCUCGAGGGGGAAACAGAGUCUUGACAUAUCCCCUUAGCCUCCUAUCAUUGUUUGUCAUGAAUCCAGUCCCGAUAACUAUGAACACUGUGCCGUGUCGUAGAGCAGAAACGUCUUCCUUUGAGAUGCAACUGAAAACUACUCACACUCACAGUGUCAGCAUGAGUGUGUAGAGGUAGCUCGUCUUGUUUUUUUAGAUGGUCAGGUCUUUGCAUUCGUCGUUACCCAUGGAGUUACCGUCAUCCAGCUGGCUAGUUGGCAGCUCAUUACAGCACACAACACAGCCAUGUGAGCACCAAUCAAAGAGACCCAGAGCUUCCAAAAUGAUGUCAGUGAAGUACUUUAAGUGUUGUGAGAAAGAGGAUGAGAGAUACCAGUAUCCACCGUGGGGAGAUUGAUGAAAAAUGAAAAAAGCUUAAAAGAGCAUCUCAAUGUUGAGUGCUCUCCAAGUCCCUCAUCCUUGGUUUGGUAUUUCAAGUGAGUUUCCGGCCCUGCAGGUCCAGGGCUCCGCUCAGGCAGCUGAAUGGUCCUCUGUCCAUUCCCAGUACAUUACAGUUGGAGGCUCUCCAGAAUAUCGUGUGAUGUAGACUACACAGACCAUUCAAGGUUUUGCAGGUUCUAGAGCCUUUGUCUAUUUGCAAAAAUGGUCCAUGGGAUUUUGUUUUGGUCUCUUAUCUUUUUAAAGCUCCCGGUUUCAGUUCCAGUUCGGAAGGCAUUAAGUAACUAUGGCUUUGAUGGUCACAAAAAUGUUUAUGAAUAUUUUAGAGGUAAACUUCUAGCAAUGGUGUGCACACUUGCAAAAACUUUGUGCUUCACCCAGCGGUUUGUGUUUUCAUGCCCGAGUACUGUCUUUUUUCUUUCCUUAUUUUUCACUGUUACGUUUGUCAUUUCUUCAUUCUCUACAUUGUGACUGCUAUGCCAAUGCCAGGCUGAAAAAGAUGUCUUUCCUUUUCUAUUGCAUAAUACUGCCAUUUGAUUAAGUCAUGUUGAACAGAAUGAGUUACAAUGUUUAGAGUGCUAAGUCUGUUUUAUUUUCUAAAGUUUGCAAUCUGUUAUACAAUGUUAAAGAUUUCAUGUGUAACACUCACAUAACCAAAAGAAAAAAAAUGCUUUACAUGGUAAGUAGGUGCCACUGUUAACCUAAUGGCUACAAUGUGUUGUAACAGUAUGACAUGUCCUCUCCAGGUGUUUAGAAGGUGUUAUGUGGUCCUUGGUUGACACAUCCUCUACAAUAGCCUAUUGAUUUUCUUUGUGCCUGUUUCUGUUAAAUGUUGUUUUUACUUUUUUUAAAUUGAGGACACUGUAUGCAAUCUGCACCAAGAAUGCCGCUGAUUGACACUUACUGUAUGCUCCCUGAGACACAGAUGCUCUGUCAUCAGUUCAGAUGAUUGCAACCACAUGUGUAGUGGCUUUAUGGCUUUCCAUAAAGUGACAUAGCAAUCAUACUAACCUAAAAAUAUUUUAUUUUCACAAAGUGAUAAGACCAGGGUUGUUUUAGAGGAAAUGUUAUCAUACUGAAUAGUUUUCUAAUAUAUUUAAGAUCUUAUUUUAA